AUGGCCCAGAAUCCCGACAUUCUCACCAAUGAUGACAGCCUAAGAAAGCUGUUCCCGCCCAGCCUCAAUUCCAGUCUAGCUGGAAAUCUCACGCUUCCCACCCUGCGCACCUUUUGUGAAAGAUUGAUAGAAUAUAAUAGAAAACUAUGCCAAAUCCUUGGCCGAGACCUUCGUUGGCAUGCCCAAUCUCACCUCAAGACGGCCAACAUCACUGGUCUUCAUGACAAGCAGUUGAUCACGUUAAGAACGACACUCGAACGACAACUUCAGGAGCAUCAACAAUGUGAAACAGUAUUAAAUAGGCAAGUUCUAGACUUACGGAACUCUUAUAGUAAACUCUCCCAGAUUCCAGCCCAAGUUUCCUCGCUCUUCACCUUGACGAGAACGUUGAGCAACGACACAAAGGCUCAAGAAGCCUCUAUUAAUCAGCAGUUGGCUCAGAUCGAAGCCAAGAUUGAGAACAUCAAUCUGCGCAUUUUGGCCAUCGAAGACAAGGUAAGGCCACGUACUAGCACCCCUAUCGAAGAUUUUUCCACGGGAUUUAUAGAAAACCUUAUUGAAUUUAAGCUCUCAACUCCUGAGGUAUCCCUAAACUCGGUACCAGAAUCUCAGCCUAAUGACCAGCCAGAAGCUGAUUCUCAGCCUGCUGAUGACCCACCCCCUGAUGGACAUAUUAUCACAAGUUUAGACUUCACAAACUUUUUAAGCCCUUUUAAUAGUAAUGGUGACAUCACGUUCCCGGAGUGGUUACAAAAGUUUGAAGAUUUCAAAGAUCAACAAACCACUGCCUGGGACGAUGAAACCACCAUUAAGCGAUUAAGGAUGUGCUUGUCUGGCGAUGCCCGUGACCGGCUGCUAAAAGUAGCACUAAACCCCAACCCGCCCGACGGCGCGUCCAAACCCUUCCAUGAAGUAAAAGACCUGAUGCUUGCUUCGUACCGAAAAGACGGUGGACAAGCCAUCGCUCGCGCAGAACUGGCCGUACUCAAGCAACGGCAUGAUGAGACCAUUACACACUUUAUUGAACGUUUAACUAGAUUAGUCGGCCGACUUGAUCCUGAAGCCAACUCGGCAACUCGCGAAAAGCGAGUCUUCGAGGAGUUCAUGAGCCGAGUCAAAGAUGACAUUGCCACGCCAUUAAGGCUCUCCAUUCCCGAGAACUUGGAGCAAGCCCGCGCCAAAGCCUUAGCUAUCGAAAGCAUCAACGCCGCCGCUAACCUGGCUAGAACAGACAACAUUGCCGCCACUUUUGCUACGGCAGUUCAAGCCCUAGCCAACGCUUCUAUUUCCAAACCCGCUACUUCUGGCUCCUCUGAACCUCGUGCUACGAAAUGUUUUUACUGUGCCCGCCCAGGGCAUUGGGCUAGAGACUGCAGAAAGAAAAAAGCGGACAUGGCGAACCGUCGCCGUUUCCCUCGGCCAUCAAAUCGGCCAGAUUAUCAGAGAUUCGAUCGUUCGUCGCCCGAAUCACAAAAACCCGCCCGCCUGCUCACGCCCUAG